UUAUCUGAUCGAGUACAUAAAGAGGGUACACCAAAAUGGCCAGCCCACUUAGAAAUAUUAUCAUUAUUGGAGGGUCUUAUGUGGGAAAGACGACAGCCCAAGAGCUCGCCAAGGUGCUACCAAAUACGCAUAGGGUCCUCUUGAUCGAGCCCCACAGUCAUUUCCACCACCUCUUCACCUUCCCUCGGUUCGCUAUCGUCCCAGGACAAGAACAUAAAGCCUUUAUUCCGUAUACUGGGCUCUUCCCUACCUCUUCAAACCCAGUGCGACAUGCGAUUGUGCAAGCCAGGGCCCUAUCCGUACAACCACGGCAUGUAAUAUUAGAUCGUGAAUGGCAAGGCUCACGCCAAAUCCCCUUUGACUACCUCGUUGUCGCCACUGGUACUAAUCUCGUUCAACCGGCGGGUAUGAGGAGGGAUGACAAACUCUCCUCCGUUGCAUAUCUACAGAAUCACCAAAAUGACGUGAAAUGCGCCAAGUCAAUUUUGAUUGUUGGCGGUGGUGCAGUCGGCGUGCAGAUGGCCACGGAUUUGAAGGAGUAUUAUCCGGAUAAGGAGAUUACUGUCGUGCAGUCUCGCCCCCAGUUAAUGCCCGGGUUUCACGAAGGGCUGCAUAAUCUCGUGAAGGAGCGGUUCGACGAGCUUGGUAUCAAAUUCGUCACAGGGUCUCGCGUCAAGAUCCCCUCUGAGGGAUAUCCCAAGCACAGAGGGUUAUUUAACGUCGAACUCACCAAUGGAACACAAUUGUCGACAGAGUUCAUGAUUCUGGCUACUGGCCAAACACCGAAUAACAACCUUAUCUGCGAUCUCAUCCCUUCAACGAAGGAAUCGCUGAUCAACCCCGAUAAUGGCUUUAUCCGGAUUAGGCCCACGAUGCAAUUCUUGGACCCCCAGUACUCUAACCUUUUUGCAGUCGGUGACAUUGCAGAUACCGGGCUGCGCAAGGCUGCUCGACCCGGCUCGGCACAGGCAGCGGUUGUUGCGAGGAACAUCCAGGCAUUGAUUGAAGGGAAGAAUCCCGAGGAUGUUUUUCCCCGAAUGCCCGCGGCGAUUCAUCUCACGCUAGGAAUGAAAUAUAAUGUGAUCUUCCGGAAUCCAAAUGAGGCAGAAGGACAGACUGAGCCCACUAUUAUAAAGAAGUUUGAUGGAAAAGAGGAUAUGAAUGUUGAGGCGUUUUGGGAGCGUCUGGGAGUAUCGAUCGAGAGCUCAAAUCAGUAUCAUCUGUAAUCGGCUCUGAAGUUUUCGCGGGUUAAUAUGUACAUACAUGAUGGCCUGCUUGGUUUCACGACGUAGCUAGAGGCUACUUGUCCUGAGCACCAUGAAGAGGUACAAGCCUUGCUUAGGGUGUUAUACACAGGGCCCGUACAACUAGGAGUGCUGGUGCUGGG